AUGAAACUAAAAAAGGUGCAUAGAGUACUUGAAUUCAAUCAGUCACCACCAUGGUUAAAACAAGACAUCGACUUUAAUACACAAAAGAGAACUCAAGCUAAGAAUGCUUUCGAUAAAGACUUUUUCAAAUUGAUGAAUAAUUCGGUAUUUGGAAAGACAAUGGAAAAAUUAAGAAAGCGUGUGGAUGUAAGACUUGUCACUGAUGAGGAAAAGCUGUUGAAAUUAGCAUCAAAACCAACCUUUAUAUCAAGUAAAAUAUGCAAUGAUAAUCUGGUCGCUGUUCAUAAGAUAAAAGAAACAUUGCCUCUUAAUAGGCCAGCCUACGUUGGAAUGUGUAUUCUCGAUCUUUCAAAGGCAUUGAUGUAUGACUUUCACCACAAUUAUAUCAAGAAGAAGUACGGAGACAAAGCUAAGUUGUUAUUCACAAACAGUGAUUCAUUAACAUAUGAAAUUCAAGCAGAUGAUGUGUACAAAGACUUUUGGAAUGAUAAAGAGAUGUUUGACAACAGUGAUUAUCCGAAACAUUCAAAAUAUUAUGACGAAUCGAACAAAAAAGUUAUUGGCAAAUUCAAAGAUGAAACUUGUGGAACACCAAUAGUUGGUUUGCGAUCAAAGAUGUACAGUUAUGUCAAAGAUGGUAACAAAGGUAGUCGUACAGCGAAAGGUAUUGAAAAGAAUGUCACAAAAAAUGAUCUAAAACAUGAAAAUUACAAAGAGGUUUUAUUUGACAACAAACAAAUGUAA